AUGAGAGAGAUUAUUCACAUUUCUACAGGACAGUGUGGUAACCAGAUCGGUGCUGCGUUCUGGGAGACGAUCUGCUCAGAACACGGGCUGGACUUCAACGGCGCGUAUAACGGGACAUCGCACCUGCAGAAGGACAAGCUGGGUGUCUACUUCAGCGAGGCGACCUCUGGGAAGUAUGUCCCGCGUGCGAUCAACGUUGAUUUGGAGCCUGGGACCAUCGAUGCAGUGAGGAACUCGUCCAUUGGUGGGCUGUUCAGACCGGAUAACUACAUAUUUGGGCAAUCCUCCGCGGGGAACGUGUGGGCUAAGGGCCACUACACAGAGGGUGCUGAGUUGGUGGAGAGUGUUAUGGACGUGAUUCGCAGGGAGGCGGAAGGGUGUGACUCGCUGCAGGGGUUCCAGAUCACGCACUCGCUCGGUGGUGGGACCGGGUCAGGAAUGGGUACACUCCUCAUCUCCAGGAUCAGGGAGGAGUUCCCGGACAGGAUGAUGGCCACUUUUUCCGUGCUACCAUCGCCAAAGACGUCCGAUACAGUCGUCGAACCGUACAACGCAACUUUGUCCGUGCACCAACUGGUAGAACACUCGGAUGAGACUUUCUGCAUAGAUAACGAGGCGCUAUACGAUAUCUGCCAGAGAACUUUGAAACUGAAUCAACCAUCGUAUGGGGACCUCAACAAUCUCGUCUCGAGCGUCAUGUCCGGUGUUACAACCUCGCUCCGUUUCCCAGGGCAAUUGAACUCAGAUCUAAGGAAACUAGCCGUCAACUUGGUGCCCUUCCCAAGACUGCACUUCUUCAUGUGCGGGUACGCUCCAUUGACCGCAUUGGGGUCCAAACAGUUCCGUUCGCUUACGGUGCCUGAACUGACGCAACAGAUGUUCGACGCAAGAAACAUGAUGGCAGCAUCAGACCCAAGAAAGGGCAGGUACUUGACCGUAGCUGCGUUCUUUAGGGGGAACGUCUCCGUGAAGGAGGUCGAGGACGAAAUGCACAAAGUACAAACGAGAAACUCAGACUACUUCGUCGAGUGGAUCCCCAACAACGUGCAAACUGCCGUUUGCUCCGUUGCUCCAAAGGACCUUGACAUGGCAGCAACGUUCGUCGGGAACUCCACAGCGAUCCAGCAACUGUUCAAGCGUGUCGGUGACCAAUUCACAGCCAUGUUCAACAGAAAGGCUUUCUUGCACUGGUACACUUCAGAAGGUAUGGAGGAAAUGGAAUUCUCGGAGGCUCAGUCAAACAUGAAUGAUCUAGUGAACGAGUACCAACAGUACCAGGAAGCUACUGUGGACGAUGAGGAGGACAUGGACGCACUAGAGUACGAGGAACAACACACACAGCAGGCUGACACCACUCAACACCAUGAAACUGCAGAACAACCAAUGCAAGAAGAAUUCGCUUAA